GUGGAAAUGGCUACCUUGGCGUUCGCGAGCCUAACAUCUCCUCCAUUCUCGUCGGCGCGAAGGUCUCUGUCCAUCCAUGGAAGAUUCGCUUUUCUCCAUAAAACGCUGGGUUGGGGUCGGAGAUCACAGCUGCUUCCCAUAACAUGUUCUUCUUCCGAAUCCGAGCCGAACCAAAACGCCGACUCCGAUGCCAAAACGGCGUCGUUGGCGCAGUCGUCUUCGAGUAGCUUGAGCGAGACACUAAAUGUAGGGCUCGGAGGCGUUGGGUUUCUAGAAACGACGUACUUGACGUAUCUCAAGCUAACACAUUCCGAUGCCUUUUGCCCAAUCGGCGGUGGUAGCUGCGGCGACAUCCUCAGCAGCGAUUACGCCGUCGUUUUUGGUGUUCCUGUUCCAUUGUUUGGGAUGGUUGCAUAUGGGUUAGUUGCUACUCUUAGUGUGCAGCUAUUGACUGCAAAGAAGUUGCCUUUUGGGAUUGGUGAUUCUAAUGCUCGCCUGGUUUUACUUAGGACUACAACUUCCAUGGCGGCUGCUAGCGCUUGUUUUCUGUACAUUCUUAGCACUAAAUUUUCAGAGCUUCUUGCUCAUAUUGUUUUGCUCUCUUUCACCUUAUUUAUCAUCACUUUAAAGGUUAGCUAGCCUUUUUCUGUUUGGUAUGCUUUAACUCGUGGCUUUAUAUGCUUUGGGUGUGGUCCAUAUAUUUGAAUAUUGGGGUUUGUUUA